AGUAGUGGAUGAUAACUGUGGCUCGCGGGGGUGGCGAAACUGGGGCAGCCGGUGGCGAUCAUCGUCGUCGGUGCAGCGGUGGAGCUAUCAUGUGCACGCGGCGGAUUUUCGGACUGGCGGUCGUGGCCCUGCUCACUCUCGGCGGUCGAGCGCGCGCGUAUACCAACCAGUGGGCGGCACACAUCGAUGGAGGAGAGAAGGUGGCCAAGCGAGUUGCCGAGGACUACGGAUUUCGCUAUUUGGGCAAGAUAAAUGAUGAUUGGUUCCACAUGGAGCAUCGAUCCGUGGCGAAGAGGUCGACGGAACCACAUCUCGAAAUGCACCAAAGACUAAUGAAUGACUUCAGAGUACGUCGAGCGGAGCAACAGCGGGCAAAAUCGCGUACUAAAAGGGAUCUUAUAAUCAAACGUCCGUCCAAUAUACUAACCAUGCUAAACGAUGAGAGGUGGCCUCAGAUGUGGUAUUUGAAUAGAGGAAAGGGGUUAGACAUGAACGUACAAGGUGCUUGGGCUGAAGGAAUUACAGGAAAUGGCGUCGUCGUCACAAUUCUUGACGAUGGAUUAGAGAAAGAUCAUCCAGAUCUUUUUAAAAAUUAUGAUCCUCAGGCUAGUUACGACGUCAACAAUCACGAUGAAGAUCCCAUGCCGAGGUACGAUCUCGUAGAUAGCAAUCGACACGGCACCAGGUGUGCCGGAGAGGUUGCAGCCACUGCCAACAAUUCUCUUUGCGCUGUAGGUGUUGCUUUUGGAGCUGGCGUAGGUGGUGUUCGAAUGCUGGAUGGCGACGUAACAGAUGCCGUCGAAGCGAGAUCUUUGAGCCUUAAUCCUCAACACAUCGAUAUUUAUAGCGCCUCGUGGGGACCGGAUGACGAUGGCAAAACUGUAGACGGUCCUGGUGAAUUGGCCACCAGAGCUUUCAUAGAGGGAAUUACCAAAGGUCGCAACGGUAAGGGUUCGAUCUUCGUGUGGGCGUCCGGGAACGGCGGCCGGGACCAUGAUAACUGCAAUUGUGACGGCUAUACCAAUAGUAUCUGGACGCUGUCGAUCAGUAGUGCGACAGAGAAUGGCCUUGUGCCUUGGUAUAGCGAGGCAUGCUCGUCUACUCUCGCCACCACAUACAGCUCGGGUUCUACUGGCGAGAAGCAAGUCGUCACUACGGAUCUACAUCAUCACUGUACCAAUAGCCAUACCGGCACCUCCGCAUCGGCGCCGCUAGCAGCCGGCAUUUGCGCCCUUGCUUUGGAAGCAAAUAGAGAUCUUACCUGGAGGGAUAUGCAACACAUCGUAGUUAGAACAGCUAAACCUGCGAACCUGCAAGCACCAGAUUGGGUAGUCAACGGCGUCGGUAGAAAUGUGAGCCACAGCUUCGGUUACGGGCUGAUGGACGCCACUGCCAUGGUACGCUUAGCGAGAAGAUGGAGGACCGUCCCGGAGCAACACAGAUGCGAAGUAUCGGCGCCUCAUACAGGCAGGACAAUACCACCAAAGAGCCAAUUGGUCCUCGACUUACAUGUCAAGGAUUGCAGCGGCGUUAAUUUCCUCGAGCAUGUUCAGGCGAAAGUAUCGCUGAUGGCAGCGAGACGAGGAGAUCUUCAGAUACAACUAACGUCUCCUCAAGGCACGAAGAGCACUCUUCUCGCUAAAAGGCCGCACGACAUCUCGAAGGCUGGUUUCAGCCAAUGGCCAUUCAUGUCAGUGCAUACGUGGGGAGAGAGGCCGCAUGGAACCUGGAAAUUAGAAAUUCACAAUGAAGGUCGAUACCUCGGACGCGCUACUCUGCACGAAUGGGCGUUGAUUUUCUACGGUACCGCAACGCUGCCCGAUCGGACCGAAUACGCUCUUUACAAUCCGGCCGGUAUGAGUAUACCCAGACGACCGUUCGUCAAGCCACGCGAGACCAUCCCGAAGAAUCAGAACACCCUGGCGAAAGGCAAGCAGACGCAGCACAAAUCCGAUAAGUCCGGCAGUAUGAGCCCGCCCUACGUAAUGAACGCUCAGAUUCAGUCCCAGAGGAAGGGAAAGGCCCGCGGUCAGUACAAGAACGGCAAGUCGGCCAAUCGACCGAAUCCCAAACCCACCGUUCAGACUCUUCGGGGUCUCACCGGAAUCAAUAGAGGGUCCAACAACGUAGCCGGUGACAUGCGUUUGAUCACGUCGAGACCACGUGGGAGAAGUACACCCAGCCCAGUUACCAGCACCGUGACUCAGGCCGUUGCGACAACAAAGGCGCAGACUACCACGACAAGUAAACAGAUUAUUACACAGAAGAUCAUCGACGUGGUUACCGCCUCGCCUCUUCAGCGGGGACUGAUCUUGUUGGAACCACCGGCAAAGGCGGCCACUAACAAAGUCCCGGCGGUAUUUCAACAGUAUCCCAAGAUUCAACAGCUUUAUCCAGUUUACGGUGGAGCUCGCGGUACCGGUCAGCAUGCCACAAGGGCCAAAGGACUCGACUUGCUGCAGGACGAGCAAUUUGACCCAAGGAAUCUGCAACUGGACAAGGACACUCUGGAGGAGUGGAAGCUUGUGUUCUUCGGCACGGAUGCCUCAGUGGAAGUGGACGACGAGCUAGACAAGGACAAGCCGCUGCCGCCAGUGGUCCAUGAAGAAGUCAACAACGCACCUUCGGACGUCCGGCACAAUACUGUGGAUACCGAGGGCGAUCCGUGGACAGGCAGCCGAAAGAUGGAUCGAGUCUCACAUCCAGAGGUGCAGAGGCCAACAACGGAGAACCAGACGAGCGGUUGUGCCGCCUUCGAGGCCGGAGGCAGCGGGUGCCUAGUGUGCAAACCGGGUUGGAAUCACAACAAUGGCAACUGCUUGGAACAGUGUCCACCUGGAACUUACGAAAUACAAGGUGACGACGAUUCCGGUGCUUUCUGCACCAUAUGCCAUUACUCGUGCCUAUCCUGCAAAGGACCUAGUGACGCGGACUGCAUCGCCUGUCACGCGGAUUCGAUGUUUACGUGGAACAACGGAAGAUCAUUAUGCGUGCUGAAUAGCAUUUCUUGGAAAAUGCAAUCCACAGUGUGGUUCCACAGAUUAACUGUGGCAUUUUUGGUCAAUUUGGGCUUAAUGAUUGCUAUUAUUAUUUACUUUGUGUUCACCUGGUACAUCCGUAAACGAAAAUCCGUCCACAAAUACAGCAAAGUAUCUUAUUCUGGUAAUGGUGAAAUUCACACGGAUGCAGAAUUGGACAACACUUAUGUCUAUGAAAGCGAAUGAGUCUAUCAAUGGCGAAUAGUCUAUUAAUGGAAAAUAUUUUUGAAAGAAAACGAUGUUUUUCAGAGUAUUUUGAAAUUGUAUUCCAGCUUUCAAAAAUGUUAGAAGAU